CUGUUAUAUUCAGGAUCUAGGGAGUUGUGCUACAGAACAUGGCUCCCUUGCAUCUAUGGGUGGUGACCCUGCUGGUCCUUGUCUCAGUACAGAUAACUGCAUCUUCUUACUAUGAUGGUGUUGAGGAAUUGGACAACAACCUUAUUCUAAGCUGCACAAAAGAAGCAAAGCAUCUGGUUGAUAUAGCUUAUAAAAACACCCGUUUAAUGCUAAAGGAACGCUUGAGGAAAAGGACUGUGAGUGCCUCUGACCUUAUGGCAUAUUUCAAGCAGCCAGUGGCUGGAAGCAGAAAUGCCAUCAGAGCUGCUGAUUAUAUGGGCACCACCCUACAGCUCUUAUCAAAGAAGCUACAGCCGUUCCACCAUAGACCUUUUAACAUUACAGAUUUGCUGACGGAGACCCAAAUAGACACUAUUUAUAAGCUGACUGGCUGUGCCUACCAGCACCUUCCCAGAGCUUGCCAGGAGAGCACCUAUCGCACCAUUACAGGAGAGUGCAAUAACAGGAAGAACCCUAUCCUUGGUGCUUCUAAUACAGGAUUUACACGCCUGCUGCCAGCUGUAUAUGAAGAUGGCGUGUCCCUUCCACGUGGAUGGACUGAAAACUUGCCCAUUAAUGGCUUUCCUCUACCUUUGGCACGGGCUGUAUCAAAUGAAAUUGUUCGUUUCCCCAAUGAGAACCUGACCCUGGAUCAAGGUAGGGCUUUGAUAUUCAUGCAGUGGGGCCAAUGGACAGACCAUGACUUGGACCUUUCUCCUGAGACCCCUGCAAGGUCAACAUUCCUAGAGGGCAUUGAUUGUGACACCAGCUGUGCCAAACAGCCUCCUUGCUUUCCUCUCAAGAUUCCACCAAAUGACCCACGAAUUAGGAAUCAGAGUGACUGUAUACCCCUCUUCCGCUCAUCUCCAGUGUGCACCCCAGGAUCACCUGUACGGGAGCAAAUCAAUGUACUCACCUCAUUCCUUGAUGGAAGCCAGGUGUAUGGAAGCGAUUGGCCACUUGCUGUCAAGCUCCGUAACAAUACAAAUCAGCUGGGCCUGAUGGCCAUAAAUCAGAAGUUUACAGAUAAUGGACUUCCCUUCUUGCCCUUUGAGACAGCCGAGGAAGACUUUUGUGUCCUGACAAACAGAUCGUCUGGUAUCCCUUGCUUCUUGGGAGGAGACCCCCGUGUUAGUGAACAACCUGGUCUUACUGCUUUCCACACACUUUUUGUGAGAGCUCAUAACAACAUAGCAACACGUUUACGUGAACUGAACCCAAGGUGGUCUGGGGAAACACUUUAUCAGGAAGCACGCAAGAUUGUUGGUGGGAUUUUGCAGAAAAUCACAUAUAAAGACUGGUUGCCCCUUCUGCUUGGCUCAGAGAUGGCUACUGUUCUUCCUGCGUACAGAUCCUAUAAUGAGAAUGUGGAUCCUAGAGUGGCCAAUGUUUUUACUGUUGUCUUCCGGAUGGGCCACACGUUAAUACAGCCAUUCAUCUACCGACUAGCUGAUGGUUAUCGUCCCUUGAACCCAGAACCUCGAGUCCCACUACACAUGACUUUCUUCAACAGUUGGAGAGUGGUGAGAGAAGGUGGGAUCGAUCCUCUGCUUCGUGGUCUCAUGGCAAAUCGAGCCAAACUAAAUCGCCAGAACCAGCUGGUGGUGGAUGAGCUGAGAGAACGUCUUUUUGUACUUUUCAAACGCAUUGGUCUUGACCUUACAGCUAUUAACAUGCAAAGAGGCCGUGAACAUGGGCUGCCAGGAUAUAAUGCAUGGAGACGGUUUUGUGGCCUGUCUGCUCCCAGAAAUGUAGAUGAGUUGGCUGCAGUGCUCAAUAACAGGGGAUUGGCUGAGAAAUUCGUCAAACUCUAUGGAACCCCGGAAAACAUUGACAUCUGGGUUGGGGGAGUUGCAGAGUCUCUGGUGCGCAAUGGGCGCAUUGGGAAGUUGCUGACAUGUCUUAUUGGGAACCAGUUCCGCAGGGCUCGAGAUGGAGACCGGUUUUACUAUGAGCAGCCUACAGUGUUUACCAAUGCACAGAGGGCUUCAAUAGAAAGAGUAACCUUGGCCCGAGUCAUCUGUGAUAACACCAAGAUUACUGAGGUGCCUCGUAAUGUAUUUCUGGGGAACCAGUACCCAAGAGAUUUUUUUCCGUGCUCUAGAAUCCCAACACUGGACUUAAAUCCUUGGAAAGCUACUAAGCCAUGAGAAGGGCACCAGGAAAUAUCUGUGCUGAUGCUUUGGAAUCAGAUCCUUUCCAUGAUAGAGUUCUCCAUAUUCAGGAAUGUUAAUCAUUACCGAAUUUGCUUUUCACGUUGCUGAUGUGUAACCUGAACCACUGUAACAAUGUACACGUAUGUUGGAGAAAUGAAACAUUAAAUGAAUAUAAAUAUAUAUACAUAUACAGUAUAUAUAGAGGAAAGAGAGAGAGAAAUUUAGCUGCUCACAGUAAAUGAUGCUGUGAGAUGUUUAACUGCAGUAUGCUAAUCUUGAAAGUAGGUUCUUCUCUGUUCCAGGCACCCCAGAAAUAUAGAAAAUAAUUGACUUUCAUUGAUGGUACUUGUCAUUAUUACCCACCAGUUUUCUGGUUAGUUAAUAGCUGAGGAAUUGGGGGUUGUUGUAAGCUACUCUGAAAAUGAUUAUAUUGAAAAGAAAAAUAACCUGUCACUUACAGAAGGGACCUGGGCCCAAUCACAGUUAGUGGGGCAUUGAGCUUGGGAAAGAUAUUGUCCACCUACACGUUGAUCCACAGGCUAUACAAGCAACCCCAUUUCAUUUUUUAUAAAUCUACUUUUUAUAAUAAGUCACCAACUGUAAUCAUGUAAUAAACGCUUGAGCACCUAA